AUGGAAAAAAUGAUCAAUAUACUAUUCUUUUUCAUUUAUUUGGUGGCUGGCAUUACUGGCCAUCGAAUUGAUAGUAUGCGAAGCAAGGUGAAAGAGGAUUUGGAUAUCGAGAGAGAGCUCAAGCUUAUUAAUAAAGCUCCUAUCAAGAGUAUUCAUACAAAAUUUGGAGACUUAGUUGAUUGCAUUGAUAUCAAGAAGCAACCAGUCUUUGAUCAUCCUUUACUCACGAAUCAUAAGUUGCAGACAAAACCCAGCUUUGAAAAUAUAAUUAAAAAAACUAAUGUGAAGAAUUCGUCAACUAAGGCUAUAUUUGGGAUUGAGAGGGAACAAUGUCCAUCAGGAACCGUUCCUAUUAAGAGGACAACCCACGAUGACCUCAUCCGCGCCAAAUCAUAUUAUAGCAAUUUUUCUGAACUCACUCCCGGUACUCAUAUUGCACAAGUAACUCUCGUUUCGGAUCCUGAUUUUGGUCCUUAUUAUGGAGUUGAGGGAACAAAUAGUGUUUAUAGUGUAAAAGUUGAGAAGGAUCAAUCAAGUACAUCUAUGAUUUGGGUUCAAAAUGGACCUAACGGUGACAGAAGUUUGAUUGGCAUUGGAUGGCACACGGGUGGUUCCAAAAAGGGUGGAUGUUACAAUUUACAAUGUUCAGGUUUUGUUCAAACUAGCAAAAAAAUUUAUCUUGGUGUUCCAUUAAGCAAUACAUCUAUCAUCAAUGGAAGGAUGCUUGAAAUCAAGUUAUCUAUUAAUCAGGAUCCUACAACAAAAAAUUGGUGGCUAAGUAAUGAAAAUGAGCAUAUUGGAUAUUAUCCAGCAUCUUUAUUCUCCAACUUACCAUAUGCCGAUCAAGUAGGGUGGGGAGGUAGGACAACAACUUCAGUGGGUGCUCCUAAUCCUCCGAUGGGUUCUGGAUUGUUUCCUGAUAAUAUAUUUACCCAUGCAUGUUAUUUUAAAAAUGUUACUUAUCGUAAUAAGUUUGGACAAAGCUUUGGUCCUCCAGAUGUUUUGACAAAAGCAUUCUUUGACGAGCCUCAUUGCUAUUCAGCUGAAUAUUAUGGUGAUGAGGAUAAAUUAGUUGGAUAUUCACUCCAAUUUGGAGGACCCGGGGGUGAGUGUGGGGGUUAA